AUGGACGACGGCGCUCAAUACAAUAACGAUAACUCACAAGGUUUUCAACCUGGAGUGACGGGUGUCAAUUCUAGUUAUUCUGGAAGCGAUAGUAACACCCGCAACUUCUCCGCUCCUGGUGCCGGCGAAGGUACGACAGGUUUCUCCAACAGUGGAGUAGGCCAUGGAACGACCGGAUUCGAUCGUUCAGGCGGAGCAGGUGAUGGAAGUGGAAGUGGAAAUUUCACUUCUGAUCCAAAUGAAACAAUUUCUGGUUUUUCACGUAAUGAUCCUGCACCGGAUUCAAACGGUGCAAAUUUUCAAGCACCAGGAACAGGUACGCAAAAGACUGGAUUUUCAAAUAUUGAAUCAGGUCAAACAGGUUUCGAAGGUGAUGGAAGCAGUGGCGGCGGCGGAGGUGGCUUUGGCGAAAGCAAUUCAUCUUCCGGCGGUGGCGUAAAGGAAAAGCUUCAAGAUUUGAAGGACAGAAUCACUCAUAAUUGA